AUGUGGACGACGUUCGUGCGCAAGUGCGGGUUGUCCAAGAAGAGGCUGCACCAGGUGCUGUAUCCGCAGGAUAAUGGUCGAAGCGCUCCGGUGGGCGAGUUUCCAAUUGCAGUGGCCGUCUCCGGCGGCGCUGACAGCAUGGCGUUGAUGCUGCUGCUCAGAGAGUACCUGCAGAAGAAUCGCAUUAAGACCUCGCUUUUGGCAGUCACAGUAGACCACCAGCUACGUGCUGAGAGCAACCGAGAAGCGCUGGAGGUUGCCAAGAUCUGUGCCAAGCGUGGCGGCAUCACGCACGUCACGAAGGUGUGCCACUGGUACUCUGAAGACGAAGCAGGAGGGCUGAAGGAUCCGUCGAGACCGGCGAAACCGCGCGAGAGCAAGAUGGAGGAGCAGGCGAGACAGUAUCGAUACGACUUGUUGAAGCAGGUGUGCGAAGAGUAUCGCGUGCGCUGCUUGUUCGUAGCACACAACCUCGGCGACCAACUGGAGACGACGCUUUUCCGCCUCGGACGGGCCAGCGGCGUCAACGGACUCGCAGGCAUUGCGAACCAAGUGCCGUUCUGCUCUCUCGACGAGUCGGCAGGCAAUACAGGUGACAGUAAGCCCGCGGAGGCUGUAACACUUGUCCGACCGCUGCUCUCCGCCACAAAGGACCAGCUGAUAGCAACCUGCGAGCGAUUCCAGCAAACUUGGAUACACGACCCGUCCAAUGAUGACCUUGUGUAUGACCGUGUUCGAAUCCGUCAGGAACUUCAGCGGGUGGAAAGAGAACACGGACCUGACGCCGUGGACUUGUUCUCCAAGUUCCAGCAGACCGCAGAGAAAGCCAAGAAAGAGUUUGCACGAAUCGAGCGCGCUAUGUUUCGGAAGUACACAGUGGCCUGGGAGCCAGACUCGGUGGUCGUACGCAUGGCUGUUUUCCGUGACCCCGCCAUGUUCGAUGAACUGCUCUACCGUUUGCUUUCGAUCAUCAUUUUGCAUGUUGGAGACAAGGACGCGCCCCCGCGACUGGCAUCUGUAGCUCGCCUUGCAGCCGACAUCCAGCGACUAGAAACUGGCAAGCAGAUCACGCUCGGCGGGUGUCGGAAGUCUGCGCCGACGGAGGUGGCGCCCGUGCCCGGGUUCUUCGGCCACGUGGUGAAGCCUGGCCACCCGCUCAAGUGGUCCAAUGAGGUCGAGGACUUCUGCAUGCAGCUCAACUCGGCCGCGCUGGGCGCCGACGCGACCAAGGGCCGCUCCACGCUAUCCGUGGUGGCCAAGACGUCCAAGAUUGCGCUGUGCACGCUGACGCCCGAGGUGGCGGAGCAGUGGAACUUGACGCAGACGUUCACGCCCAUGGACGGCGCCAUCGAGUUCGUGGUGGACGGCCCCAACGCCAUCCAUCUCACGGGCUUCAUCGAGGUGGAAGACGAACAGGACAGCGGCGACGAGCACGACUUCGACGACCUGGGCGACGACGAGGAGGAGAUGAUGGUGUUCGGCGGUGACGACGACUCGAGCGACGACGACGUCGACGAGAACGAGGAAGAGGAGAAGGAGCUCAACGACGAGGCCAAGAAGAACCGCUUCGAGGUGCUCGAGGAGCGUGUUCACAGCGACGCGCCCGAGUCGAAGAAGAAGUCCCCCAAGAAGGAGUCCCCCAAGAAGGAGUCGAAGAAGGAGGCUGCAGCCAAGAAGGCGGCCGCCGCCGCCGCUGAGGCGGAGAAGAAGGCAAAGGAGGAGAAGGAGGCCGAGAAGAAGAAGGCCAAGGCUGCCAAGCAGGCGGAGAAGGAGAAGAAAACCGCCGAGAAGCUGGCUGAGGUGACCGCUAACAUCGCCAAGAGCAAGAAGCGCGCUGCCCCCGCCGAGUCUCUGGAGGUUCCGAAGAAGGCCAAGGUCGCCACCCGUGUGCACAAGGGCGUCACCAUCGAGGACAUCGCUGUGGGCAAAGGCCGCCCCGUGAUGCGUGGCCGUAAGGUGGGCAUCGUCUACCGCGGCCGCCUGACCAACGGCAAGCAGUUUGACGCGACGCAGAACCGCAAGAAGCCGUUCACGUUCCGCCACGGCAUCGGCGACGUCAUCAAGGGCAUGGACAUCGGUAUCGAGGGCAUGCGCGUGGGCAGCAAGCGCACGAUCACCAUCCCGUCCAAGCUCGGCUACGGCCGCGAGGGCUCACCGCCAGUCAUCCCGAGCAACGCCGACCUUAUCUUCGAGAUCGAGGUCGUCAGCGCAUAG